AUGUAAUCAAACGAUAACAAAUUACUACAAAUUAACGAAAAAGUGUACGCUGGUUGUUAUGGAAAUGUGCUGUAAAUAUAAUUUCCGCCAUUAAAUUAUUUCUAUAGGACUAACAACGCCAUUGUGAAUUUUAUUGAUAGAAUUUUGUGUAUAUGAGGCUGAUCUAAAAUAUGUGUUUGUUGUAAAUAAUUAAUGAUAAUAAAAAUGUGUAUAAAUUAACUGCAGUGUUGUACAUUUAUUUUAUCCGUGUUUGUAAUAUAUAUUGCAUUAUACAAUCAUAGUACAUGGCCAUCACAGCCGCCAUGUUAAAUUCUCUGUUGAAAUGAACUGUAUAAAAUCUUCGAAAAUAUUUAAGAAUGAUUACCAUCAAUGCACAAAAAGUUGUGAAUUGUGUUUGUUUUAAAUAAUUAUUUAGUUUUAGUGUGCCAGUUAAAGAAUUAUUGAUAUGAUUUAGGAUAUAUCGUUAAGAGUAAUGGACCUACUUUAACAUAGUCCGACGUCGCCAUCGCGGUAGUUUGUCGCGGCGAGUAGAGCCCGUCUGUAAAGUUGCUUGUGUUGUGUUGCUCCGUGUUUUUCCUCAUUUCUAUGUGGAUUUUUACCCUAAAAACACAGGCCAAUUAUUGGGUCCAUAUAUCUUAACGCAAAGUACUGCUGACAACGAAUAGUUGUUGUAGUGCAAUGGCGUUACUUUUGGUUACGAGCUGACUGAAUCGAUAGUCUCAUACUUGAUUUAGCUACAGCCCGUACUUCAAGAAGUAACCAACAUCAAACAACAUAAUCUUCAAACAACAAAAACUCAAAUCGUCGAGGAUAUCGCGGUGAACCAAGUAUCUCUUUUAGAUCUUUCAUUUCCUAGUCUAUCGCCCGACAUCAGCAAUAACACCGCACAAACUAAAGUCGAUUUGGAUUCGGCACUAUUAUUACCGAUAGAUUCUUCUUCACCGUUACCCCAAUUCAAUUCGAUAUCAGCCGUCAUGGAAAACAAGGAUGGCGGUGCGGCGGCACCAAAUCGUGCUUCCUCCGACACAACCGGCACAAACACUUUAGAACCUGUCAAUGGUAUUGUUCAACCUCCAGUUUUGCCACCUCCUGACAGACCCGGCCGUGUCACCAAUCAAUUACAAUAUCUUCAAAAAACGGUUUUAAAAGCUGUAUGGAAACAUGGAUUUGCUUGGCCGUUUCGACAACCUGUCGAUGCGGCCGAAUUAAAUUUACCUGAUUACCAUAAAAUUAUCAAACAACCUAUGGAUUUGGGAACAAUAAAGAAACGAUUAGAGCACAACUAUUACUGGUCAGGCAAAGAAUGUAUACAAGAUUUCAAUACAAUGUUUACAAACUGCUAUGUAUAUAAUAAACCUGGUGAAGACGUAGUUGUUAUGGCUCAGACAUUGGAAAAAUUAUUUUUGACUAAGGUUGCUGUAAUGCCUAAGGAUGAAAUUGAAGUAGACGCACCUACACAAAAAGGAGCAAAGAAAAAGAAACCUAGAUCCUUAGCUCCUCCAGGAACUCUGGUUGGUAGUGUCAGAGGAAGACCGUCCUCAUCUCUUGGCUCAACAGUAUCAUCUAGUGUACCGAAUGCCAUUCCUAUUCCAGCAAUACCUGCUAUAGGUACUGGUGCACCUCACUCAGUACCUGGCAGCACAAAUACGACAACAACCGCAAUACCUGCAUCAAAUUCUAUAGCGCAUAAUUCUGUAUCAUCUGUCUCUGCUCAAGGGGUUUCACCGUUAACAGAUCCUUUAAGUUUUCAUGUUCCAUCCCAGCCUUUAAAUAACCCAUUGGCAGACGUAGUAGCGUCUCCAGUUUUACCACCUCAAGCACCUGCCAAAGUUAAGAAAGGCGUCAAAAGAAAAGCAGAUACAACAACUCCAACCGCAACAGCUUAUGAUGCUCAUUACGCAAGUCCCAUGGAAUCUAAAAGCGCCAAAAUAUCCACUAGGCGGGAAAGUGGUCGGCAAAUUAAAAAGCCAUCACGACCGGAGCAGGAUGGUUUGGUACCAUUUCAUCAAGCUACUGUGAUGCCAAUCAUGUCUGCUAGUCAACAAGCAGUCCUAGGUCAACAAAAAAUGAAGGAAAAAUUAUCUGAUUCUCUCAAGUCUUGCAAUGAAAUUUUGAAAGAACUGUUCUCUAAAAAACAUUCGAGUUGUGCAUGGCCUUUCUAUAAGCCUGUGGAUGCAGUCAUGUUAGGUCUGCAUGAUUAUCAUACAAUUAUUACUAAGCCAAUGGAUCUAGGGACAGUAAAACAAAAAAUGGAUAAUAGAGAAUAUAGAACAGCUGCUGAUUUUGCUGCAGAUGUUAGAUUGAUAUUUACAAAUUGUUAUCGAUACAAUCCACCUGAUCAUGAUGUAGUAACUAUGGCCAAAAAAUUGCAAGAUAUUUUUGAGAACAGAUUCUCUAAAAUUCCUGACGAGCCACUUGGUCAUAUGGGCCUAACUGGCAUGGAUAAAGAUUCAUCGGGUAGUAGUUCUGGUAGUGAUAGUGAAAGCUCAAGUGAUAGUGAUGAUACAGAAGAAGAGAGGAAUUCUAAAUUAAAGAAGGUGCUGGAACAAGAACUGUUGGCAAUGCAGGAGAAAAUGAGAAAGUUGGUUGAGGCAUCAGGUUCCAAAAAGAAGUCCAAGAAAAAAAUGAAAGACAAAAAGAAACCUGGUGCUAUACCAAAUGUUAGUGCAACUGGAAAAUCCAUGGCCAUGGCCCAAUCUCAUUUGUCGAAACAAAAUUCAGUCACAGAUAGUAUAGGGGCUAGUAUAGCAAAUGUGGCGAUGGGUGCAGGAGAUGUGAAGAUUCCCGGUGAUAUACACGGGCAUUCAACCAUUCAUCAUAAUCAGAAAUCUGCACUGCAUCACACGGCAGCUACCACUAGCUCCACGCCAAUCGCUAAAGGGCCUAAAGGACCCAAAGCUGGCACGCGCGGCCCUAAGGCUGGUGCAACAGGUGGCGCCGCGGGUAAGAGGCCGAAGGCAAGCAGCGGUCGUCCCGCAGGCAGUGGAGCGAAUGCAGCCAAUAAAAAGAAGGGUAUGGCUGCACAAGCACCAUUGGACUUUGAAUCGGAAGAAGAAGAUACGGCCAAACCAAUGUCUUACGACGAGAAACGACAAUUGUCAUUGGAUAUUAAUAAAUUGCCAGGGGACAAGUUAGGAAGAGUGGUACACAUCAUUCAAUCACGUGAGCCAAGCCUUAGAGAUUCAAAUCCUGAUGAAAUAGAAAUAGAUUUUGAGACCUUGAAGCCUUCGACGCUUCGAGAGUUGGAGAGCUAUGUCGCUUCAUGUCUACGUAAAAAGAGCCGUAAGCCUUACUACAAGAAGGUGUCUGGAAAAUCAAAAGAUGAACAAAUGGCUGAGAAAAAACAAGAGUUAGAAAAGAGACUUCAGGAUGUAACUGGUCAACUUGGAACUGCCAAGAAACAAAACAAAAAAGGAAAAGACGAAACCGGUAAAGCUGAUGCCGUCCCCUCGGCUGCUGGACGACUGUCUUCAAGCAGUUCUUCAUCGGACAGUUCAAUGUCGUCCAGUUCAUCAGAUUCGAGUUCUUCAGACUCUUCCGAUAGCGAAGCAGGUGGCACCAAAUCUAGGAAAAAAACCAAAAAGACUGAUACAUCGCCUGUUACAAAUCCUGCUGUACCGAAAUCGACUGUGACUACUGCUUCAAUUAGUGUGCAGAAUGCAAUAAGUAAACCAGUAGUGGCUCCUGCAAUUACAUCGACUCCUUUAUGUAAUGUGACAACCACUGACAAUACUGUUACUUCAAUAACUAAACCAGUUCAAAAUACUGGUAUAACGACAAAUAUGCCAAUUGCAAACUCUAAUAAUAAUGGACCAAUUUUGCCAGAUGAAUUGAUAUCAACCCCCGAAGUUAUUAAACCUGUAAUGGCUAAUCCAGCUAUGACUCAACCUAUCAUGCCUAUUACAUCGCAACAGAGUUUGAACACCAUAACCCAGAAUGAAUUAGUCAAAACUACAUCUGCUAUUCAACAACCAUCUAUUCAAAGCAGAAUGAAUGUAAUGAACAAUACAAUGCCUAAUAUGAAUUCGCAAAUGAAUGAUAUGAUGCAUAACAAUAAUUUAUUGAAUAGUUCUGUUGGUAUGCAACAAAAUCGGAGUUUAGGCAGUAUGGCAAUGCCUCAACUUAAACCACCUUCUCCUCAAUCCCAGUUCAUGAUUGAUCCCUUAGAGCAUUCUUUGGCCAGUCUUGAACAAAGUUUAGGCAAAAGAGAUAUGGUGCAGCCUAAUUUUUCACAUAUGAUCCCUGGGAACAUGCAUAAUGUCAUGGCUGAUAUGGCAGGUCAUAACUCGGUUAUGCACAGUUUAGAUAUGGAAAUUACCCAGAAUAUACCAGCAAUCAAACAGGAUUCUUAUAUGAUUGGUUCUAGUAACAAUGGAUUUGGAAUGAUGAAAACAGAUAUGGAUAUGCAAAUGAGUAAUGGAAUGAAUAUGAUGAAUGUCAACAAUAUGAAUAAUAUUAACAUGCAUAACUCUAUGCCACCAACAUCCUUGUUCGAUCAAUUACCAAUGACAACCCAACAACAGCAUAUGAUGGCAAGACAGCAACAUUUGCCAAUUUCUAAUCAUAACAUUAUGAAAAAAGAAGAAAAGGUCAUUUUGACACCAAAACCAAUUGAGGAUUUAAUGGGAGUUCCUAAUAAUAUAAAUUCCAUGAGUCAUGAGAAAAAGCAAACACCACCAGAACAGAAAAACUCUGUAACAAAUUUUGUACAAGCAUUCAAACCAAAGCAAGAACAAAAUGUUAAAAAUGCUAGUUCAUGGUCUUCCAUAGGAUUGAGUCAAUCACAAUCUAAUUCGCCUCAAAAUUCACAAGGAUCAAAACCUAAGACACAUUCAGAUACAUUUUUGGCAUUUAAAAACAAAGCGAAAGAUAGACAAAAGGCUUUGCAGCAGCAACAAAGAGCAAUGGAAAAAUUAAGAGAGAAAGAAGCAUCUGAAACACCAGAUAAGUCAAACCCCGUUAUGCUCAGGAAAGCAGGACCCCCUAUUGGGGCUGGACCUACACCUAUAACUCCUGCCCCACCAGGCCGAGUUGAUGACCUAGUGCAUUCACCUGCAAGUGGUGUAAAGGGUUCCCCAAAUAAUCAACUGCCCAAUAUUAUUUCUAACACUAGCCAGUCUUCACAUAAUGAUGCUGCAGAGAGAGACAAAGUUGCUAGGGAGCGUGAACGAGAGAAAGCAAAGAGACAGAGAGAAGCUUUGGCUAAUCAAAUUGAUAUGAAUAUGCAGAGUGAUUUAAUGGCAGCCUUUGAAGAAUCUUUAUAAUGUGUUACUAUAAAAUAGUUUUGAAGACUUACAUUAAAAAGUAGUGCAAAUAUGGAUGUAUCCAGUGAAGUGGUAUAUAUAUAUAUAUAUACAAAAAACAUUGAGUUAUAAUUUUAGCUUAUUUAUACUGGCUGAGAAUGGCAGUAAGAGGUAAAUGAACCUGAUGUAAAUGUGAACCUGAACAAUAAUAAAGUUAAUAUACUUCUUUUAUACGUAUUUACAAUAAUGACAUGUGCAC